AGAAGACGACAACUCCAGAGCCAAACCGUUGUUGAUUUUUUUUUUUUUGCUUUGCUCAUCCAUGUUUGUAAACGUUAAGUUACAGCUUUGGUAGAAAGCACACGAAAUGAGACGCCUGGGUUCCGUACAGCAGAAGAUACCGUGUGUGUUUCUGACAGACGUGAUGGAAGAACAGUCCAGAAAACGCGACUGUCAGCAAUUUCAGGUUGUUGCCACAGAAAAUGUGAACCCUGUUGCUCUGCAGGCUAACAUACAUAGUGCGCUUGCCACUGAAAAACUUGAUGGCACCUGUUGCUAUGUUACAGUUUAUAAAGGGCAGCCUUACCUGUGGGCUCGACUUGACAGAAGACCAAACAAACAAACAGAGAAGAGGUUUAAAAAGUACCAACAUUCUCACAAAAGUUGUAAAGGCUUUCUUUCAGGUUUCACGUGGAACAUAGAGGAAGAUUUUAAACCGGUGCCAGAAACAUGGAUCCCAGCUCAUGGAGUCAAACAUCACAGCGGCCGUCCAGUGCCCGAUGAACAUGGACAUAUUCCAGGCUGGGUUCCAGUGGAGAGAGACAACAAGCAGUACUGCUGGCACUCCUCUGUGGUGGAUUACAACGUUGGGCUUGCUCUUGUUCUCAGGCCUCGACGUGACAACGAAGACAUGUUAGAAAUCACAUCAGUCCCAUUAGCUGAGCUCCAGGAACAAACACUGGAGCUUAUUGGAACCAAUGUCAAUGGAAACCCCUAUGGGCUGGGCAGCAAAAAACAGCCUGUCCACUGCCUGGUUACACAUGGGAGUGUCCCAAUCAGAAACCCACCACCUGUGGACUUCCAGCAGCUGUGCUCCUGGUUUCAUGAGAAUCCAGACGGUCGAGUUGAGGGCAUAGUCUGGCACUGCAGUGACGGCACUCUCAUCAAGGUCCAUCGUCAUCACCUGGGACUGAAGUGGCCAGAAGCGAACACUUGCCUUGGUAACAAGCCGACGGCCAUCCGUGUUGACGCUUAUGGCAGCACGGAGUUGUUUACAUCGUUUGUAGCACUAAAUGGACACUGCUUCAGCCGGCUUCAGGACAUUCACUUUGAGCUAUAAGUCCAUGCGGUCUUGUGAGGAUCUGCCGCUUCGCUGAUAGAUCCCUGAUAUUUCAUCUGUAAUUCCAUGCGAGUGAUUUACAAUCCUAUACUCAUAUAGAUUAAUUUAUUCCACAGAAACCAGUUAAGAACUGCUGCUUUUUGAAUUCAUGAAAGUCUUAAGAGUAGCUUACAGUGAGUGAGCUGUUAGUGGAAGAAAUAAGGAGAAAACUGACUGCCAAAGUUUAACGUUUGGCACCCAAAAGAAACGGUGGAGUGAAUCAAAACUUAAGAUGGUUUUUGCAGAGAUGUGUACUGCUUUAAUGUAAAAAUAACUGACCAACUUGGCUUUUUUUUUUUUUU